UUUGAUUCCCAUUUGUUUCACCCUUUGGAAAGAGUUGGAGUGUCACAGCAGACUACGUCUCUAGCUUCGGAGGAGUCUGAGAACGUCUUAAGUGUGAUAAAUGGAAUUAAUGUGAAAGAAAGAAAGAAAAUAUGGAAUUGGAAGCACACAAUAUAAAAUAUGAAGGUGAUUCAUUAGAUGGUCCGGUGAUCUCAUCUGUCUUUUCCCUCAGCUCUGGCGCUGUAAAUAUCCCGGAAGGAAUUAAGUGGGAUGAUACAUUACAGAAGAAAAGGUCCACGUCGUUGUUGUGCCGAAAGAUUGCUCAGCUGAUGUCUGCUGUUGAAUCGAAUGUGAAAUCUCAAUUAGCUGCUUCAUUAAGACACAGUAACAGCCAAGCCUCUAAGGAGAAAGCGUUAUUGCCAGAAAAAAAGAGUGAGAAAACUAGCUCAAAUAUGAUAUCUGAACAAGAGCUUGUGCCUUCUCCUCGGAGACCGAAGGACACCACUUUUUCUAAUGAGUUUUCUAAUAAGCAAGAACAACAAUUGGAAACACUUAAAAAGGCUAAAACUAAAACCAGGGUGAUUACAAAAACAAACACUGUUUCUCCAGCUUUCAUUCCUCAAGGAACUCUACUGAGAGUGCUAAACUGCAGUAGUUCUGGAGCCCCAACUGAAAAACAAAAUGGGAAUGAAAUGUCACCAUCCCCUUCUCGAUAUUGCAACAAAAUGUUUAUCCCAAGGCCAGUUCCUUGCUGUGUUUCUGCCAGACUUGACAAAGGUCCAACUUUGUCCGCUGAGAAUGAAGUUCAUGAGGUUUCUAGAAAUCUGUGUGAGUCACAUAGUCAAACCUGCCGCUCUCUUAGUUCUGUGCCAAGUUACGGCCAACAAAAUGGUAUUUUGUCAUGUCACAAAGGCAGCAGCCCAAGUGGGUUAAGUAAAAGGGCCAUGAAAGGUGAAGAUCCCCCAAACAAAGCUAAGCGAGCACAUGCUGCAAACAGUUUGCCCCGGAAGAGACUAUCGGCUCAAGAGAAAUGCUUCCUUGAAGUGGUGCCUGCUCACAUGAGAUGCCUUAGACUUGUAGCAUUCAAAAGUGAUCAGCUAAUAAAAUGCCCUCAUCCUAACCAGCCAGUAGUUGUCUUAAACCACCCUGAUGUUGAGUCACCAGAAAUAAUUAAUAUCAUGAAGGUUAUUAAUAAGUACAAAGGCAAUGUCCUGAAAGCAGUUUUAUCAGAAAGAACUAUUAGUUGCCUCGGUGUGAAACGGCAUUAUAAAAGACUGACUUUUCAGACUUUUGGUAGAUCAGCUCAAGUGAAACAACAGAAAAAAGUAAGAACGAAAAGAAAGAAGGGGCACAAAAAUAACUGCAAGGAGGCGGAAGCAACAAAACAAAUGUUUAAAUGUUUGUUUUGUAGUAGGGUGUAUGCUGAGCAAGAAGAAUGGAUAAGUCACGGGCAGAAACAUUUGCUGGAAGCCACAAAAGGGUGGGACAUCCUUUCAUUUUCAUUAGAAAGUGGAAAGUGAGAAGCACUGAUUACAAAUUCUAGUGUCUCCUAUUUUACAAAGCAGUCUUGGAACAAUUUAGUACAAUCACGUGCUGGUGCCUGUGUACUGUAAGAGUGUUUGUUUUAGGCCAGCAUUUUAGUCAUAGAAGAAAGAAAGAUGGUUGCUCUAGUAUUCUGCUAGUGUUGAUGGUAGAAAUGUGAUCCUGUGCUAAUGAAAUGGGACCAGCAUAAGUAAUCCUGUGAGAUUAGAAAUUAAACUACAGUCAGUAAGCAUGGUCAAGUGAGGGAGGGCAGGAAAACGUUGGAGCAAAGAGAAUGUUGACUAUGUGCGGUACCCUAAGGUACUAGUUGAAAAGAACUGAAAAGAACUUCUAGUAGAAAAGAACUGAAAACAAAAUGCUUCUAGUGCAGCCUCAUCCUUUUCAGAGUCGAGGGCCAUUCAUUCGCAUGCACACAGCCUUCCCCAUUCAUUCAUUCUGGUCAGUCACUGUGAAAACAGAACGUUGGACUAGAUGAGGCUUUCGCCUGCUCCAACAGAGCUCUUCUUUAUAAUUUUCUCACCCUUUUGGCAUGCCAGGUGAAAUUUAAAGGAACUGUUUUUCUGUGCCAUUCCCUCCUGUCAUUUUUCUUUGUCCCAACUUUAUCUUGACAUGCAGAUCUUCAGGUCCCUUUGAGCAUCAGCUUUGAUGCUUGACCAAUAUGGAAUGUAUGGCAUGCUCUGUGAUUGGUUGCCACGAAGCUGGAAACUGAGAGAAUAGGUUUGCAGGAAUGGCUGGAUCAGGUUUGAGGGCAGCUCUCUGUUGCUUUUGUUAAGUCUACAAUCUGUUAUUCUUUUCUGAUAGAUUACUGCAAGUUUGGGACCACAUCGGUGCUAUUUGCGAAGCUAAGACGUUUGGUCCUGUUGUGCACUGCUUUACAUUGGUCUACAUUUGCUAUUUUGUGGCCUGUUCGUGUUAUUUGUAGACAUUCUUUUGUGACAGUCCUCUGAUCUUAGGGAAUCAAGGGCUGCUUAUUGGUAACCAUUUGCUGGUAUCCAUUUUGUUCAUUAGGAAGGAUAGUGACUAGGCAGCAUCUAUGCAAAGCUUCAGCCUGUUCAGGGAAAUGUGAGUAUAUAAUAAUCACUUUGCCACUAUUGAUUCAGGUUUCAUUUAUGUGUUUUCUUUUUUCACCAUCUGUUUAAACAGCAAGGGUACAGUCUGCUCAGGAAAGUGCCUUGUGUGAAUCCCAUUGAAAGUGAAGGCAGUGCUCUUGCCCAGCUCUCAUUCAUUUCCACAGAACUUGAGCAGGAGAACUUAUUGCUCUUUCAGGUCUAGUUAGUAAAGCAGUGCAGUUGUGCCAAGGCCUGAUUAUAGAGGACUUUUCUGACAAUUAAAGAGAUUGGCAAUCAAGACUUUGAAAUAGAAUCCCAACAGAAAAAGGCAUUAUUUUAUUUUAUUUUUAAAUUGCCUUGUCACAAAAGAAAGUUCAGCAUCAACUCUCUUAUUAAGAAUAAUGAGCACAUUUCAACAACCACUCUACUUUUACAAGAAAGAAAGAAAGAAAGAAAGAAAGAAAGAAAGAAAGAAAGAAAGAAAGAAAGAAAGAAAGAAAGAAGCUAUUUAUUCCAUGUUUGGACUUCAAUCAUAGAAUGGAAAGUGGAAUGCUUGAGGUAGUUGCUGUUUUCACAUCUUUUCUAAUGUAUUUAAGUCGGGGAAUAUUUUUAUGCUUCUGGACCCUAAAUGUUUUAUUUUCUAAAACUUUCACAAAGCACAUUUUAUGGCUGGUCUUUUAAAAAUUAAACUCUUUGUAAUACAGUGUUAAAACUGAAUGUCUGGUUCAAUCAGACUACCUGUUGAUCAAUUCAGUAGAAGUUCUUUACUCUUCUCUUCCCCCUUUCAGUUAUGGCUGAAAUGGCUGUUCUUUGGGUCAGGUCUCAUGUCUGCCUUUCACACCACACUGCAAGUACUUGAAAAGUUGUAAGAAUCUGAUGUACUUCAGUGACUGAAAAGGAUGACAAGAACUAAGGUUUUGCCUGCUCUGAAUGGUCAAUUGGCAGCUAAGGCUGUAAUAGUGCAAUGGGUCAUGAAUGUGGUUAAACCUGCCCUGCACCCACCUCUAACCUCUUUCAGUGCCCGGUUUCAUGGCUGAUGUUCUCUGGUUUCAUAGCAGCCUUGGAUAUGCAGAUUGGCAAAGCCCUUUUGGGCUAUCACUUGCUUAUAUCCUCCUUUAUUCCUUUAAAAAGUCUUGCCUUCCUUAGUCUGGGGCAGCAGUGCCUCAGUUUUGAGAUCUGAAUUUCAAGGUUCAUUAGCAACUUGCAUGAAAUUUAACCUCAUUUAUGUUAGUACCUCACAGGCUAGCAAUUGCUUGUUUUUUUUAUUCCAGUCCUUUUAAUUAGAACAAGAUGAACAAUACUUCAUCUUUACAUGUGUAAUACUGGAACAACUAGGGCAGGCAUCCCCAGACUUCGGCCCUCCAGAUGUUUUGGACUACAAUUUCCAUCUUCCCCGACCACUGGUCCUGUUAGCUAGGGAUCAUGGGAGUUGUAGGCCAAAACAUCUGGAGGGCCGCAGUCUGGGGAUGCCUGAACUAGGGCAUUCAUAUUCCAGGGUACUACCAUGCAUGUUUGUUCAGAACUAAAUCAUAUUAUUUGGUGGUAUUUGUUCCCAGACAAGUGCAUAAGAUAGCAACCUAAGGGCCAGAACAGAUCAGAAGCUGUUCUUGCCAUUAGGAAAGGUGUGGAUGGUUUUUUAAAAGUGAAACUUUCAAUUGUGUGAAUAUUGUCUUGUCUGAUUUGGCCCUUUCUCUGACAUCAGGAUCCUGCCAACCUAGCAGUUCGAAAGCACAUCAAAGUGCAAGUAGAUAAAUAGGUACCGCUCUGGUGGGAAGGUAAAUGGUGUUUCCGUGCGCUGUUCUGGUUUGCCAUAAGCGGCCUAGUCAUGCUGGCCACAUGACCCGGAAGCUGUACACCAGCUCCCUCAGCCAGUAAAGCGAGAUGAGCGCCGCAACCCCAGAGUUGUUCGUGACUGGACGCAACGGUCAGGGGUCAUAGAAUCAUAGAGUUGGAAGAGACCACAAGGGCCAUCCAGUCCAACCCCCUGCCAAGCAGGAAACACCAUCAAAGCAUUCCUGACAGAUGGCUGUCAAGCCUCUGCUUAAAGACCUCCAAAGAAGGAGA